GAGAAGCUUCCUCUGUUUGAACACUACUAUCUUUCCUUUUUUCCUUCUACAUUGUGCUCUAUAGGAAAGAGGGAAAGAAUAUUAUCAAAAAAAAAAAAAAAAAAAAAAGGAAAAAGAAAAAGAAAAAAAAUUAAGAGAAGAGGGCAAGAAAAAGAUCGAAAAGAUGGUGGGCAAAAUAGUGGUUUCGUUAGUAUCGUUAGUUCUUUUAGUUGGUGUGAUAAUCGGAGUGGUGGUCGUUGUCCACCAAAAUGGGGAUCACAAAGAAGAUAAAAACACCAAAGUCCAAAUGAAGAAAGUGCACGAGUUCUGUCAGGCCGCUGAUUUCAAAGACGCAUGUGCCAAGUCGCUCGAAGGAGUAGCCAAAAAUGAGUCCGCUACAAUAAAGGACUACCUAAUGGCUGCCUUCCAAAACACUGUGGAAGAAGUGAAAAAGGGUAUGGAGGAGGCUAGGAAAACUUCGGUUAACAAAGAAACCGACCCUUACAAUCACAUGGCGGUGGAUGAUUGCAAGCAGUUCUUGCAAUUCGCCAUCGAAGAGCUCGAGGACUCGCUCGCAUUGGUCGGUGAGACGGACAUUGAGUCACUCCAUGAGUAUACAUAUGAUCUGUUGAAUUGGAUUGGCACUGUCUACUCCUACCAAUCCAUAUGCCUUGAUCAACUAACAACUCCCGAGUACAAAUCCGUUAUGGAAAAAGGCUUGACGAACGCUACUCAGCUCACCAACAACGCGAUCAACAUCAUAGCAAAGAUGUCGGAGGUUUUGAAAUCCUUCAACAUUCAAAUCCCCGAAGGGCUCCUCGAUAGCACCAACAGCUCUCCUCACCGCCGUCUCCUCGAAUUAAACAAGAUCGAUCAGGACGGUUACCCAACAUGGUUCCCCGCUGCUGAUCGUAAGCUUUUGGGAAAACCCUCGAAAAAGAAAGGAAAAGGUGGUGCUGCUCCAGGAGGGGGCGCUCCACUUCCUCCUAUCGGUUCUGGCCCAAUAACUCCUCACGCAGUGGUUGCCAAGGAUGGAAGCGGCAAAUUUAAGACCGUUCAGGAUGCUAUCAGAGCUUACCCACCAAAUCAUCAAGGCAGAUACAUUGUCUACAUCAAGGCUGGGGUUUACGAGGAACAGGUACUUAUCGACAAAAAUCAACCAAACGUGUUCAUGUAUGGUGACGGCGCAGGGAAAUCUAUCAUCACUUGUGACAAAAAUGUUAAACUAAUGAAACUCAGCACCACGGGUUGUGCUACAGUCGGUGUUAACAGCGAUGGAUUCCUAGCGAAGGGAAUUACAUUCCGUAACACUGCUGGUCCAGCAGGGGAACAAGCGGUGGCACUUAGGAUCUCCGGAGAUAUGGCGGCAGUAUUCGACUGCAGCAUGGAGGCGUUCCAAGACACGUUGUACUACCAAACAGGCAGGCAAUUCUACCGCAACUGCGUGAUCUCAGGUACUAUAGAUUUCAUAUUCGGGAGUGGGUCAUGUGUGAUCCAGAACAGUGAGAUCAUUCUAAGAAGGCCUAAGUCGAAGAACUGCGUCACAGCUGAUGGGAAGGAAUUAGCGGACAAAAUCAGUGGGGUGGUAAUCCAAAACUGCAAGAUCGUAGCAGACAAAGAAUACUACCCAGAUAGGUUGAAACUGGAAAAUUACUUAGCACGACCGUGGAAGAAAUUCUCGACCAAUGUUUUCCUGGAAAAUGAGAUCGGUGACCUCAUUAGGCCCGAGGGAUUUAUGAUAUGGGAUAAUGCAAAAUUCCACGAAACAUGUUUUAUGUAUGAGUAUGGCAACAGAGGACCUGGUGCUGCGACUAACGCAAGGAACAAAGUCUUCAAGAAUUACAAGGUCCUUAGCCCACAGGAAGCAACUAAAUACACUGUUGGUACUUUUCUUAAUGCUAAUGAAUGGUUGCCUGGCACCAGUGCACCUUACUACGUUGGUCUUGGUGGAAAAUAGAGCAAACAACAUUCAUUCCCACUUUGAUUUACCUAACUUCUCAACCCCCUAGCUAUGUGUACAUGCUUUUUGCAUGGGAUUCUUUUUUGUUGGAGAAGCUAGCAUCUUUUUUAUGAAAAAAAUAAUUACUAUUGUUUUAGAGGAAUUAUAUAUUUAUGACACAACAUAUUUCAUUCUUGUGUAUGUAAAUGUUUUAUAAUAAAGGCAUUCAUUUCAAUGUUA